AUAGUGCCAAUGCUUAUUGACUUUUUGUACCUCAAUCUGCUACUACUUGUUUGUUCUUAUGUGGCUGUGCAAUUUGUUCGGGGUUAUUGUUUUAAAUUGGAACAAGAGUUGGCCUACUGUGCACAAAGACAUAAAGUACGAAUACCGAAAAACCAGUUCAGUGGCUACAGUUUCGGCUACGGAUCACUAAAUGAAACGGAAGCUAUGUGUAGAACCAAAUGGCAUAUUCUCAUCUUCAAAUGUUUGCGAAAACGUUCAGAAGAAACUUGUCGAAACAAUGAAGAAGAAAUGUCUCGGCAGCUCAUUUGGUCUAUAUCACUAGAGACGGACAAAUUUGAACGAGCCGCGGCUUACAUUUGUCACGAACAUAAUUUAAGAAUUUUCCGUGACCACCGGGACAAAUGUCUGUUGAUGCAAGAAAAAUUAGCAGAACAGUGUACAUUGAACCGAAAUGAGACAGUUCGAGAAGUGGUGGUUGCUUUACAAGACCAGUCAAGCAAAAGUACUUUAAACUCGGAUGAGUAUUACAAGCUGAUCAAACAUACUUUGUCGGAAUAUGAAUGCAAAUCAAUGAAGGCCAAAUUGGAAUGUCUCUACACACUCUUGCAUGACAACUGUCCACCAGAUGCAGUUCGGUUGAUUAUGAAUUAUUUCAUGGAAACACUUCCCGAUGGCUGUCUGUUCAGUUAUGAUGAUCGUCUGCUCCGACAUUUACAAAGCAAAAGUUUCGAUACCGGUGAAACGCAAAAUGCCCAUGAUAAUGGCGUUUUCUUGAAAUUGAGAAAAAGUGGAACAGAAGCUGCAAUACAAAGUACAACCCUGCAUGAAAGAAAUCGUGGAACAAUGCAAAGCACUCAACAACGACUCCACAAAAUUAUCAGCGUAACGUUAACAACGAUUAUCCUUUGGAAUUCUAUCGCU